AUGGCGGACAAGCCUGACCCAUCCCCAGACUUCUCCAGGAAGGAAGUGCUCAAGAAGCGCACAGACCUAUGCAUGAACCUUCUCGAAAAUCGACGGGCCAGCUUCGAGCGAUGGCCAUUAACCAGUUCGGAUUGCCUCUGUACACCAGAGAAGAUGGCGGAAGCCGGUUUCUACUUCUGCGCUACAAAGGAGGAACGAGACCUUGUGCGCUGUUACGUAUGUUUCAAAGAAUACAUGGCUUGGAACCCGAAUGAGGAUCCAUUCCAGGAGCACGCCCGCUCGACAAAUUGUGCAUUUGUUCGUAUGGGAAAGAAGGCAGAAGAGCUGACAGUGAAGGACGUGUUGGACUUGGAAAAGGAACGAGCCAAGAACAGGGCGCGCUUGCUGGCGGAAAUGUAUUACGCCGAAUUGGACGAUGCGAAGCGCAAAGUCAUGGAAGAAUUGGACAAGCUUCAGCACAAGAAGCAAUGA